AACCUAGGUAAAUUUCCUGAGUCAUGUUGAUGUUUAUUUCAGUCCAAUUUACCGCUUAGUGAGUUGAGCUAGCUCUCGUUCAUGAUGGAGCAAACUGUUUCAAAUGUGGAAGUCUGUAAUUUAGCAUUCACCGGUGAAUUUGACAAAUUAAAGAAAUGUAUUUUAACGGAUAAAUCGCUCGCUUGCAAAACGGACCAGGACCAAAGGACCGCUCUCCACUGGGCCUGCUCGGCUGGACACGUCAAGAUCGUUGAGUUUCUGUUGGAUUUGGGGGUGGAAGUCAACCUACAAGAUGAUGCCGGUUGGACUCCCCUCCACAUCGCAGCAUCUGCAGGCAGGGAGGAGAUAGUGAAGUCACUGAUUAACAAAGGAGCCCAGCUGAACUCAGUCAACCAGAACGGCUGCACCCCUCUGCACUAUGCUGCCUCCAAGGACAGAUAUGAGAUCGCCCUCCUGUUGCUGGAGAGUGGAGCGAACCCUAAUGUCACAGAUAAACUGGAGUCUACUCCCCUACACAGAGCUUCAACCAAGGGCAACUGCCGUCUGAUCCAGCUGCUGCUCAAACAGCGCGCUUCUACCAACAUACAGGACUCUGAGGGAAACACUGCACUCCACCUGGCGUGUGACGAGGAGCGUGUGGAGGCAGCUAAACUCCUGGUGGAGAACGGAGCCAGCAUCUACAUAGAGAACAAGGAGGAGAAGACUCCAUUACAGAUCUCUAAAGGUGGUCUGGCCACUCUGCUGCGGAGGAUCGUAGGAGGAAACGUCUGAUCCAUCUGACUACACACUGAAGCGGCGAGAAGAUCCAGUCGAUGUGGUCUAAAUGGGCUUCCUUAUCUCACCUUUCCAUCCUUUCUCCUCAUCUCUCCUUUAUCUGUGCUGAUUUGAGGAAACAGGAUAAACUCUUCCAUAUUACGUUGACCUAUCCUCUAUAUUCCAGUCCGGGGGGAGGGUACUUCCACCAGGCCAGUAACAGUUCACUGGAGAUGAGGGAGAGGCGAUGAGGAGGCCACUGGACUAUUGACAUGCAGUCUGUAUGGCAGCAUUUUGGUUGGAGGAAAGAUAUUUUCUGACUGGAUGUAUCUCAGAGACUGACCAUGAUAAUACCCUACAGCUACUUACCAGAGAAACCUAUGUUGUAAGUUUGAAACUGUUCUAGAAAUUCAGCUUCUUAAAACUUGUUUAAAAAAAAGAUGGAAUAAGUUGGUGUCUUAACAACUUGAUUAAAUGAAUCACCUCAACUAUAUAUGUUAAUAUCCAGGCCUAUUUAAAACAGGUUGCACUGUCUGGAUGUGUAAUGUGAUUUGGUAGUAAGUUCAUUGCAUUCAUUUGAUUCCAAUUAAAUUGAUCAUCUGUAACAAGUUACAUUAAAUUCCUAUUUUGGUUGUGAA